AUGGAUUCGAAAAAUGCAAUAUUUCUCAGCUUAUGCCUCUUGGCUAUGGUUCUUCUUAUGUCCUUAGAGGUGAUAGCAAGUGACUUAACUGAGACUUCCUCUAAUACCAAAAAGGGGGUAAAUGAUGUCAAAAAUGAUAAUGGAGACGACGGUGAUAAUGGUAGUGAUGGUUACAACACUCGUUAUCCAGAUAAUGGUGAUGGUGGUUACAAUGGUGAUCAUGGUGAUGAGUAUCCGGAUAACUGUGAUGAUUUUCCGGGUAAUGGCUGGGGUUAUAAUGGUGGUUACCCUAGUAAUGGUUGGGGUUAUAAUGGUGGUUACUCUGGAAAUGGUGGGAGAUAUGGUGGUUUUUUUCCUGGCAAUGGUGGUUAUUUUGGUGGUUACCAUGGUCGUGGUGGUGUUUAUUUUGGUGGUUAUGGUGACGGUUACUUGGGUCAUGGUGGUUUCUAUUAUGGUGGUGGUUUUCCGAGUAAUGGUCACGGUGGUGAAAUUGUUGAUGGGGAAACUGAAGACAACACUCAUAACUAA